AUGCUUAUUUAAAAUUGUGACGUGGGUGGUGUUGGGCAAUUGUUUCUAUUCUUGAAGUACGAAUUUGCAAGCAUAAGGACCCAGUUAUUUCAGAUGAAUGGGUGACGUUGGGCAAAUUAGAAACUUCCUGCUUUUAACUCUAUUUAAAUGACUAAGCACACCCUAAAAAGACAAGUUAUAUCCAUCUUGGAUAUUCCAAGUUCCGUCGAAAAAAGAAAUUACAGAUGACUGAUUAUUUUUAUGUGUGAGUAAAUGGUCCUGGUCCCACCACACUCUUGGCUGGUGUAUAGUUGACGAUGCGCACGCCUGAGCUGUCAGCUAUUAUCGAUCUGGGUUGAAGGAGCUUGGAUGUUUAUCAAUCAGCAACACACCAGACAAGAGUAUAGAGGAACACACGAACCCCCGUUUACGCUCUCCCUUCCAUGACCAACAGUACUGCUGCCAAGACAUGUCGUUUUUCCAUUCUGCUCGUCUCUAUUUAGAUAGCUCUUUAUAAAAGAGAGAGCAAGGUGCUCAGUAUCUUAGACACGAUGGCACUUACACCAAAGCCACAACACCGUUGCACAAUACCUCUUGCAGACGACCCAGAUGCUGUGGUAAUUCCAGAGAAGACUCCUGAUAAGAUUCCAGAGACUUUAUCAUAUAUAUCAGUUGAUCAGAGAGCAAGUACAAUGUCACCACCCCUAUUUGGAGGGAAUCAAAACUGGUCGCAGAGAGAGGAGAGCUUUAAACUGAAAAAAACUAUGAAGGUUCAUUGUGGCUUUAUGAAAAAUGGAGGUGGUGACAUGGAUGCCAUAGAUGUAAAAUAUGUAAAGAAAUGUAGGUUUAUUGUCGCCUCUGGCAUUUUUGAUGGUUAUGAUUUGCCCCGUCAACCAUCUAACAUUAGUGCUCGUUCUCAAAAGCUCUUCUGCUUUCUAAUGGUGGUGGAUGAAGAAUCCCUUAAUUUUAUAAAGGAAAAUGUUACCAUCACAGAGAACUCUGACGGAGGAAAAUGGGUUGGUAGUUGGCGUCUUGUGACCCUAAAAAACCCACCAUAUGAUGAGCCUAGAAGGAAUGGGAAAGUUCCUAAGAUAAUAACUCAUAGACUCUUUCCACAAGCUCGAUACAGUAUUUGGAUUGAUGGGAAAAUGGAACUUAUCGUUGAUCCUCUACUUAUACUUGAAAGAUAUCUUUGGCGGGGGAAGUAUACAUUUGCAAUUGCACAACAUAAACAUCACAAGAGUAUUUAUGAGGAGGGUGAUGCAAUCAAGAGAAGGAAACGCUAUGCUCGUCCUCUAGUGGAUUUGCAGAUGAAGAUCUACUACUAUGAGGGAAUGGAACCUUGGAGUCCUAAGAAAAGGACAAUAAGUGACGUACCUGAGGGAGCAGUCAUAAUACGGGAGCACACUGCACUCACCAACUUAUUCAGCUGCCUCUGGUUCAAUGAGGUCAACCUCUUCACACCGAGGGAUCAGAUUAGUUUUGGCUAUGUGUUGUAUAGAUUAGGAGAUGCUUUCAACUUCUUCAUGUUCCCCAAUUGUGAAUAUAAUUCAUUGUUCGUAUUGCACAAGCACAACAGAGAGCAUUCCUCUAAAGUUGAGUGGGUCAAGUCUUUGGAUGAAUUUAAAGGGAGCAAGAGUGCGCUGAAAGAGAGUAGAGGAGGAUUGGGUUUGUGGACACCUUAUCCUGGUGAUCUCACCUCGGUUAAACUCCCUCCCGUUACAAGAACAUCUCCAGCAGGCUAGCAAACAAAUGUAAGUCAGUUGAAAACUUUUGGUCUUUUGUAGUGAAAUUCAUCAAUUAAAGGGUGUUUGUGAUUAUAUGUUUGAUUCUGUAUUAUGUACAUUCCCGUAUUGUGUAGCUUAUUUAGCAAUCCAAGUUUCGGAUUGGCACAUUAUUGUUCGAUGAAUUCUCGCUAGAAAUGGUACCGUUCUAGACCUCAGUUUAA